AUGUCGCAGCCUGCCUGGGAGAACAUCGGCAUCUACCGUGCCGGCAUCAUCCCGGUCUUCUACCAGCAGGUCAAGUGCUGGAGGCAGGGCGGCGUGCGGUUCACCAUCAACGGCUUCAACUACUUCGAGCUGGUGCUCAUGGCCAACAUUGGCGGGAGCGGGUCGAUCAAGAGCAUGUCGGUGAAAGGGGCCAACACCGCGUGGAUCCCCAUGUCCAGGAACUGGGGCGCCAACUGGCACUGCCUCUCGGGGCUAGUUGGGCAGGCGCUCAGCUUCGCCAUCACCUCCACCGGUGACCAAUACCUCGUCUUUCAAGACGUCGUGUCGGCCUAG